GGUGUAGCUAGUCUCCGCUUCGCUGUGGUUGAGAACUCUGCUGUGGAGGCGACGAAGCAGGUGCCUUACGCUUUGUGGUCGUCCAGGCUGUCGUAUGGAUACGACCUGGUGUUGCUCCGACGCCCACGCCAGCUGUUGAUCCGAAUCGGAUAGUAAGAAGGACCGAAAAGAGGAGAGCUCUCGGUCGAAAGGAGUGGCAGCUGCGACGGACGGAGUGUAGUGGAAUCAAGUGUGUGUGCGCGUGUGUUCAUGCCGUAACCUUGUGGGCGUACAUAAACUUGUAGCGUCGCGUCUGUUGUGCGGGAUUCCCAGCUACUCGGAAGAGUUAAUGGACAUCCAUUCAUAGAGCGGAAAGCUCCCACUGCCAUGACACACCGGUCCCGCCUGACAUCGAAGAGGAAUUGAAGCAGAAGCAAAUAUGAAGCCUCUAUGGAUCCUCCUCCCUUGCCUCCUGGUGGUUUCUUCUAUGGUGGCGGAAGUCGAUGGCUUCAGCCACUGUGGCAAGUGCGUGCUAGGGCAGAAUAGGCUCACUUGCCCGGACGUCAUGAGCCAAGAGCGCUUCGAGGUCACCAUUGAGGACUACAACGGGACGAGCGAGAGCGUGUUCCAGUUGAAGUGCAUGCACAGAGCCAAAUCGGUGAACUUCUCUCUGAUCGAUGACUGCAGUUUCCCGAACGUGAAAUACGUGAUCUUCGAGCGGUGCCCGAAGCCCAACGUGACGUUCGCCGAGGUGUUCCGGAGCAGCGGGAUCGAGCCCGAGAACGUUCUCAGCUUCACCUUCAUAUCUGUGUUCACUGAGCAGCCCGGCGAGGAUCUGGAGGAGUGGCACUUCCAAGGGCUGAGCAACCUGACCAGUCUGAAGCUUCGAGGCAACAACUUUCAGUCUCUGCCGCCGAAUAUCCUGAAAUACACGCCCAAACUGACUUACUUUCAGCUCUCAUUCAACAAUAUUUCCACUGUCUCAGAAACGCUUUUCCAGAAUACGACCCAACUCAAAACUCUCCACCUUUUCAAAAACGGAUUCACGCACUUGCCAAAAGGACUGUUCCAAAAUUUGAAUAAACUCACCAACAUCAGUCUGUGGGGUAACAAUAUUGAGCGAAUUGGUCCCAAACUGUUCCAAAAUCUGCCAUCCUUAUGGUCCCUGGAAUUAAGCUAUAACAAAAUAUCGACCUUGCAUCCUGAAGCAUUUGCAAGUAUUCCAAAUGCAGGCAAGAUAUUGUUGCACAAUAACAGGAUCGAGAGCCUACCUGAACAUUUGUUUAGUAACUGCACCAACUUAGAAUAUGCUCAUAUGAGUAAUAACAGAAUAACGUCCCUGCAUUCAGAACUGUUUAGAGAAACGAAGAAAAUCUACAGCAUAGAGCUCAACAACAACAUGAUAUCCAGUCUCCCUGAAGAUCUGUUUAAAGGGUUAACCAAAUUAGGAAAGUUAAAGAUGAAAAGGAAUGCACUGAAGACCCUCCCCUCAGGACUUCUGUCAGACUUAUCUAAGUUGGAGGUUCUGGAUCUUCAGUCAAAUAUCAUCGAAGAACUUCCAUCGGGAUUCUUGGACAAUCAGCGAAUUAUGGACAUAUUAAUCUUGAAGAAUAACAGCCUUGCAGAAUUACCAGAGGGGAUUUUCAAAAACUGUGCGGGGCUCCGUCAACUUUACAUGAGCCACAACAAAUUUAGUACCCUGCAAAGCUCCUGGUUUCCAGCUCCAGUCACGACUCUCAGGGAACUGGACUUGGAAAGCAAUAAUAUCUCGUUCUCCUUAUUGGCGAGUGGACAAGGAAUUUCAGUUGAAGAGAACUUCCCUCUCUUGAGUCAAGUCAACUUAGAGAAGAUUAAACUUGGAAAUAACAGAAUCACAGCUGUUCCCCAAGCAUUUAGUAGUAACUUUGUGAACCUCACAGAACUGAGCUUGACUCAUAAUGAUAUUGAAUUUGUGGAUGCCAGUGAUCUUAUCUUUAAAUCUGAUGAAGUAGCUCUUCACCUCGAAAACAAUAAAAUCAGAACCAUUGAUUUACAACACAUACAAAAUAUUGCACCCUAUAAGGUGAUUGAUCUUUUCAUGGCAGGUAACCGACUCAUAUGUGACUGCAAUCUAUACUGGUUUUUGAGAAUAUUGCAAGGAAAACAUUUAGGUGGAGAAGUAUCUCCACUUAGAGUUAACAAGCCUGAAGAAUUGACCUGCUUAUACAUUGACGAUGAAACCACAUUCAAACCACUAAAGAGUGUCAGCUCAGAAAUGCUUACUUGUAGACUACAGGAGUGUCCUGAGAGGUGCAAGUGCUAUAGAAGGCCACAUGACAAUAUGUACAUUGUCGAUUGUGCAUAUCAGAAGCUUCAUAAGAUACCAAGCAUCAUCAGUCAGGAAGAACAGAAUUUACACAACUAUUCCCUCACCUUAAACCUAAGGAACAACAGUAUUUCUAACCUAGAUCAGGUACAAAACCCAGAAUACCGCUAUUUGGUGAACUUGACAAUUCCAAAUAACAAUCUCGUCUCCUUGAAUGAAUCGAUUCUACCAGACAGCUUGAGGGUCCUUGAUAUCCGCGGGAACGAGUUUACUUACUUAGAACCAUCAGUGAUAGACUACUUUAAUAAGACUGAUAUAACUCUAAGUCUUGGAGAGAAUCCAUGGGAAUGUGACUGCAAACUUAGCGAUCUUCAGAGCUUCCUCAGAAUUCAAGAGCUGAAGGUUUUGGACUUCCACAACAUCCGCUGUAUGAAUUUCAACGAGACACUGGUGGACGUGACGGAAGGGGACAUGUGCCCCAUUGUCUUGCCCCCAGAGGUCAUCAUUGCCAGCACAGUGAUCAGCAUGUUCUUGAUUCUCUCUGGGGUCUUAGUUACUGUUAGCUUUUGGAAGUACAAGGAAGAAAUCAAAGUUUGGCUCUUCACUCACCGGUUGUGCCUGUGGGCCGUGGUACAUGAGGAGUAUGAUAACAACAAGAAGUAUGACGCUUUCAUCAGUUACUCCAAUAAGGAUGAAGAAUUUGUGAACACUGUAUUAGUGCCAGGACUGGAGUCUGGGGAUCCAAAGUACAAAGUAUGCUUACACUACCGUGACUGGUUGCCUGGAGCUUAUAUUCAGCAGCAGAUUACUCAGAGUGUGGAAGCAAGUCGCAGGACCAUCGUCGUGCUCUCAUCAAAUUUCAUAGAAAAUGUUUGGGGUCAUCUUGAGUUCAAGACAGCUCACUGCCAAGCUUUGAAAGACAGGCACAAUAGAGUUAUUGUUAUUGUACUUGGAGAGGUUCCUCCAGAGAAGGAGCUGGACGAAGAGCUAAAAUUGUACCUCUCAACUAGAACUUACCUCCAAUUCGGUGACCCCAAGUUCUGGGAGAAGUUGCGGUAUGCAAUGCCACACCCCUAUGACCUCAUCUACAAAAAGCAAAGGAGACGGAGAGACACAGAUAAAUUAGAAUUGGUGAAGUCGGAUUCAAAGGAGAGCAAGUGAAAAUGCAAGAAAACCUAAUGGAAAAGGACAUUGGAGUUGUGUUCAUAAGCAGAGUUUGGAAAUAACAAACUACUUUUAGAUUUGAAAAUUAGUCUCCACUUAUAAAUUUAUUUACCCCAAAGUAAUGAUUAUUGUCACCAUUACCUGUGAUAUUCCUUGUUGUACUGAUUGCAAAAAAUAAUGGCAAAACUGUGAGUAGCCCUACUUACUUUCAAUAUUUUCUCUAUCUGUCUAUGCCUUUUUACAGAAAUACUGUUAUAGGCACUAAUGAAAGUUUGGGGGAUAUCAUACUGGUUUUCCUGUUUUUCUAAAUAAACUUAUAAGUUAAAGGCAAUUUUAAAGUCUAAAAAUAUGGAUGGUACUUUCCUACUCAAAUUAUAUGUAUGUGUUACAAGAAAUGUUUUUGUUACUCUUGUUUACUAGGAAGAUAGUGCUAUAUGAUACUCAUUGAAAAUAAGUUUGAUAUUGUUGAAUAAUGUAUCUUAGUAAGUGAGGAGAGAUCCUGUAAAUGUAAAUGAUAAUCUGUCUUGGAAUAAUGAAAGUGUGCAAUACAAUUAACGGUUGGCUGAAACAAAACUUUGUAUUAGCCAGAGAAAGUUGCUAACCUAUGGAUUCAGUGCUGCAACCGAGUACCAUUGAUUGAGACAACUGUGAAAAUAUGAAUAUAUAUAUAUUUUUUUUUUUUUUUUUUUUUUUUUUGCCUUUUGAGGUCUAAAAAUAAACAAUUGAAAAAAUGAAUGUCAAGGGUGAAAGGAAAACUGCCACAGUAAGAAAUGAAUAUGAAUCAUAAAGUUUCAAACUCUUCACAAGUUCCUCUUCAGACAAAUGAUAUAUAUGAACAAAGAGAAGAUGGACAAUUUUGAUAAUGGUGGUGAAAAAAAACAAAAAAAAACAGUGGAUAAAAUUAAAUUUAUUGAAAAGUGGCAUCUCUCCAUAAUAACUGUUUACUAACUAGACUACUCUGUAUUCUCUGUGAAUCCUCUGUUCAUAAAUAGUCUUGUAAUAACCGUAUUCAUUACUGUAGCUGAUUACAACUUGGCUUGACAGUAAUGCGCAAUUUACAUUUUCUCUAGUCAUAUGCCUACAAAAGGUCUAGCUUACUAACCUCUAAUUAUGCUUAUCCUCUAUUGUUUUUUUAUUUUGUUUAUUUUAGGAAUAUACAAUGAAUACCAAUUUGUGAAAACAAACUGCUCAAACUAAAACUAUCCUUUUGAAUAUUUUGUAUUAUCCUAGAUUUUUGUAUUAGGCUGUAAU